CUCAGUACAGUAACAUUUGCAACGACAAAAAGAGUUCAUUGUGCGACAGAAGCAGGAACACAGUCUUUGCUGUUCUGAGGAUUCAAAAGUGGAAUGCAACUAGAUGUAAAUUCAUUUCUAGAGACUCCCGUUUAGCGUCUUAUCAUCCCCAAGACUGUCAACGCAGGCAUUUGGGUUUUUGUGUGCGUUUUAGACUUUUCACAAUCGAUAUGAGUCGGUAUAACAGUGAUCUGACACAGAGGGAACAGGAGCUGCUAAAGAUUCGCAGAGACAGCGACACUAAAGCUGCUGAACUGGUCAAAAUGGAGAAAAUGCUGCAGCAGACCAAAGACCUGUUGGACAAGAAGACAGAGACAAGUUCAGAGAAAAUGGACAGUCAGGAGAACAUGGUUGAAGAUCUGGAGGAAAAAGUGCGGUCCUCCCGGCGAUACAGGAGAAACUCCCUCCAUCACACGCAGAUGCUGGAGAGCCAGAUGAAGACAGUGAAAGGCGAGUUGGUGGGAACACUGGACCAUCUCCAGGAGCUGAGGAACAUCUUGCACCGCUCACAGCAGAAAGCUGAAGAGCGCAAAGCGGUGAUGGAGAAGCUGGCGGCCGGGCACAGGUGAAUCCUCUGCCCCUUUGCUGCUGCUGCUGCUGCUGCUGCUGCUGCUUUCUGUUUUCUGACCUGACAUCAACAAGACCAUGACAACAGAGAAACUUGAGCUGCUACAUACAUUUAGCAUCACUAAAGACUAUGUUUAAAAUACUAUUUAUGGUACUGCAGAAUCUGAUUCUGACAACCGAUUAAGCAAAACCAUCCUUAUCCUUACUUUCCUUUAUUUCCAUAUGAUUUGAUCUUUUUUUCCCUUUUGCUUCGUGUCGACAAGGUUUGAAUUUGUUUUUGUCCAUUUUUUGCUAUUUCCUUUUAUGCAAGUUUAAGAUGAUUAUAAAUUAAUGCUGCUUAUUUAUCUGCAAUCUUAAAGACACAGGCUACAGUUCUGUGGAUUAGUAUUUAUUUUUCAACUGUGAUUUUUCUUUAAUCCUUGUUGAGAAUCAGCGAUGGUUAGGAUCCGGAACAUCUCCCAUCAAUGUUUCCUCUUGGUUUCUCCCUGGUUUAGGAUUCAGGCUCAGCCAAACUUAGUCCCCUAAAAACUUUGUUCCAAAAAAACUCCAAAACCUAAGUUGUUGAUUUAUAAAAGAUAGCAUUAAAAUAUUAAAGAAAAUUUACCCUUCAGGAUUUUAGGUUUAAUUAAAUGAAUUCCACUUUUUUCUUUUCUUUUACAAAAUACUUCUUAUUCAUGAUUUAAAAUAUGUAUAUAUUAUAUACAUAUAUAUAAUAUAUAUAGAAGCACAAUAGUCUGUU